AUGAGUGAUUCGGACGAUCAAGAAGCAAGAGACAACACGGCCGCGAGAGACAUCGCGCUGGCCGAACAACACGAGCACCCUCCGGAUCCGAACGCCGUGCAUGACCGGAUCAAGAACGAGAUGCCGAGAGGUUUAGAACAAACCAAUAAAGAAGUCAUGGGAGAUUUUGAUUCCAACCCAACUCUAUUAGUCAACCAAAAUCCUAUUCGACCACCAUUUCCCGGAGGAAGAAGUUACGAGAUUUCACUAGAAAUCAUUGCUUUGGUGAAGCAGAACCAGUUUCAAAGAAAACCUCAAGAGAACCCCUUGGAGCAUAUUGAUGCAUUUGAAGAAAUCUGUGAGACCAUCAGUGCGGAUGGAGCGCCCAAAGAGUACUUGAAGUGCAAACUCUUUUCUUUUACAUUGACAGGAAAGGCUUUAAGAUGGGUGAAGUCUCUUCCUGCUCAAUCCAUAACCACUUGGAAAGAGUACAAAGGGGCAUUCUUAGGCCACUUUUUCACGAAGCAAAGAGCAAACCUACUGAGAGAAAAGAUCUAUAGCUUUCAGCAAGGGCCGGUGGAACCUUUUCAUGAAGCUUUGGAGCGUUUCAAGGAUUAUACUAGGGAGUGUCCUAAUCAUGGACUAUCUGAUGGAAGCUUAUGGAAAAAUUUCUACAGAGGAAUAAGUGGGAAAUGUCGUUUUUCUCUUGAUACGGCCAGCAAUGGAAAUUUCAUGACCAAGACAGUUACUGAAGCAAAGAUUCUAAUUGAGAAUUUAGCCUCAAGCGACAGUGACAACUUCAUGGGUCAUGAAAGAGCAGUCAAGGCUAUAAUUUCUGAUCCACACAGAGAAGAAUAUAGUGAGAUCAAAGCAAUGAUGGCCGAGAUCUUAAGAAAUCAAGAGAAGGAAGUGAUGAGGCAAAGGGAAGCUUAUAGGACCGAACCUACAAGCAUUCAAAACUACUUCGGAGAUUUGAUUCCAAACUUGCAAGAAGAAGUAAACUUCGUUGGAGUAGAUGGUUUGGCAUCUGAGGAAGAAGCUUGGAAUAAUACACAUAAUAAUUUCCCAAGCCAAGAAUCACCCAAUGAAAAGAGGAAUGCCUAUGAAGGAAGAAAUCAUCAACGAUUUCCCUACAAGAGAAGAAUGGAACCAAUGAGUGGUUUUGACGAUUUGAUAACCUUCAUCAUGGACUCUUGA